CAUACUUACAAUGCAACGUUUUCAUCUGUGAGGAGGCGCAGCCCACACCCGUCUGGACUCCUCGGAAGGGGCUCGGCACUUUUGAUAUGUGUCGGGCCCCUGAGUAAAUAUUGAAGCCAUCACACAACGCUCAUUGGUUCGGAGUUUCUUGCUCCUGCUUCUUGGCGCCUGGGUCAUCUUCGGGACUACAGGUAGCGGCAGCUCCGCGGCAAGCUCAGCCGCAACAGGCCGGGCGUAUGCAUGUCUACGCGUAAGGGUGCAGGCCCUCACAACCGCCCUCAGUUCACCGAGGAAGAACUGCUGCGCCGGCAGAUAGCAAUAGUGCAGUCGUUCAAGGGCUUGCUGCAGAACGAGGCGUCCGUCGCAGCACAGACCGUCGCCGCUUUCAGCGACCUGCUGGACGACUGCAUCCUCGACGUGGCGCAGGAAGUCCACCGGGAGGCGCGAACCGGCACACUACCAGCCCCCUACGCCGGUGCCGCGGUGGGCCCCGCCGGCAGCCCCUCGCCGGGCCCCUCUACGGGGCCCCCCUCAACCGCAGCCCACCCGCCGCCACUGCCAACCAAGCCCGGCACUAAGGGCCCUGUGGACGUCUUCGGUCAGAGCCAUCCGCCAAAGGCAACGGACAUCGUAAGCUGCAGGAACUGCGGCCGGCAGUUGAGACAGGACACGCAGCCGCCGGAGCCACAGGGAAUUCUGUUAUAUUAUAAGUAUGUUCCGUUGCAUGGAAACGAUGCCGAGGACGUGCAACGUUUCUAUACAGAGCUGUGCGGCCGGCUAGACCUCAGGGGGCGAAUACGGGUCGCACGAGACGGCGUCAACGUAACGGUAGGGGGGUCCAUGGCCGCGCUACAAGCCCACAUCACCGCGGUUUCGGAGCACCCUGUGCUCCAGGGCGCGGACAUCGAUUUCAAGCUGGCUUCCUCGGGGGGCCCUCGCAACGAGGCCACUCGCGCCGAAACCAAAAUGGACCGAUUGGUCGUACGGCUGUGCGAGGAGCUGGUGACGUUGGGUCCCCUCGCCCGGCACCGUGCUGACCCACGGGUCAGUACCGCCCCCCACCUGACACCCGACCAAUUCCACAAGAUGCUGCAACGAGCCACCACCACCACCUCGUCCGCCACCAGUACCGCAAUGAGGACGGUGGCGGAGGCGACGGCGCCAGCAGCUGCAGCGGAGCAGCGGACGGCGGAGGCGGUGGCGGUGGCGGUGGCGGCCCGGCCGUCACCUGACAGACCGUCAGAUUCAGAGUGUGAGCUGGCGGAUGUGGCUGGGGGCUGUGGAACAGCAGCGGCGGUCUUCAGGGACUCCACUGCGGGCGGGGAGGAUGAGCAGGCGAAAGGAGGCUUUGCCGCCGUCGCCGCAGCUACCGCCGUUGAUAAUACUGCUGCCAGCGGUGGCGGCGGCGGUGGCGGCGAUGUUGCUAUUGAGAAUGGUGGUGAUGGUGGUGGUGGUGGCUCUGCGGGUGGUGCCGGUUGUGGCGGUGUAUCAGGAGGCGGGUUUGGUCCGAAUGAUGGCUCGGGGCCCCUUGUGCUGCUGGACGCGCGCAACAUCUACGAAACGCGGAUCGGGCAUUUCGAUGCGGUAUGUACGACUUUGCUUGGCUUCGUACAGCGUGUCGUCGACCUGCCCGCCUGGCUAGAUGCGCACGAGGACCUGCUCCGGAACCGAACCGUGCUCAUGUACUGCACGGGGGGGGUGCGGUGCGAGAGGGCAUCCGCCUACCUGCGGGAGAAGGGGCCCGAGUUCAGCCGUGUCUUUCAAUUGAGCGGUGGUAUUCAGAGGUACUUGGAGCGAUUUCCAGACGGCGGUUUCUUCCGGGGCAAAAACUUCUUUCGCUGUCGAUUGCUGGUCCUGGUCUGCGAUGAAUGCACCGCCGCACACAGCGACCAAGACCACCCGCGCCGCCACCGCCAGCAGCAGCAGCAGAAGGACCGCCGCAGUGCUUCUCCCCCUCCAUCACCACAACCACAACCAGCACCACCAGCCAGUCGCGACGGAAUGACCCGCGGGUCGGUCCAUCCCCUCCUGUGUGAGCUGUGCACCACUGCCACUGCCACUGCGGCAGGAGGUGGCGGCUCCGGCAGCGGCCUCAUGGACGCGCAGGUGGCCGCUGUUGACGGGAUGCAGGGGGGCGGAUCCGUCGGUGAUAUCCGGGGCCCGGCGGGGACGGCAGUAGCAGCGGCUGACUCCGCCGCUCCAUCUCCGUCUGUUCCUGUGGAGCCCGCCGCCGCCGCCGCCGUAAGUGCUGACGGAUCGAUAUCGCCUUUUGCGCCCUCGUCACCGGGGGGAGAGACAAGAGCGCUCGGGAGCGCAGCAGCAGCAGCAGCAACUGCAACUGGUGCUACUGCCAUUGCAGCAACUGCAGCAACUACAGCCGCAAUGGCAGAUGCGGCUGGCGGUGUGGGCACGGCCGCGCCUGCAGCGUCGCCCGCCGCCGCUGCCGCCGCUGGCGGUGGCUGCUGUGGCGGCAGUAGCAGCAGCAGUAGCGGUAGCGGUAGCGGUCCUCGGCGGCUACGUAUCCUGUGUCUUCAUGGGUUUCGACAGACCGGCAAGCAGUUCCAAGGCCGUACCUGCGCGCUGCGGAAGAAGCUCCGAGACCUGGCGGACUUUGUGUUUGUAGACGCGCCGCACACGCUGCCGUUCUUCGUCAAGCCGGGGGCAAAUGUCGUCGCUGGCGGCGGCGGCGGCGGUGUUGAUGACGCCAAUAGCACGUAUCAUGGCGGCCCAGAUGAAUUAUUAUUGGAUACCGGCUGCGGUAUCAAAGGCAACGGCAGUAGCAGCUGCGGUAACGUCGAAGCGCUCAUGCGAGACGACGACGGCGAGCUGGAGGAAGAGGUGGCUGUGAAUGGUCGUGCCGUACAGCUAUCACAAGCUUUUACAAGGUCGUCAGAGGGAGCGGUAGGGGCUGCGCCGCCGCCGCCGCCGCCACCGCCGCCCGCUGCCAAGCGCGCCUGGUUGUUACCGCCAGAGCAGUACGGCGGCGGUGCAGCGACCGGAAAUGGCGACGGCUGGCAGGAAGCCCCGGCGUAUGUGGACGAGCUGCAGUACACACGGCAGACGGAGGGUUGGGAAGAGUCGCUGGCUGCCGUACAGGCCGCUGUACGACAUCUGGGUCCUUUUGAUGGUGUGUUUGGCUUCUCGCAGGGCGCGUCUGUGGCGGCUGUCCUCUGCGCGCUGCAGCAGCUUCAGCAGCGACGUCGUCAGAAGCGGCCAUGUCAGGAACACAACCAUCCGGAGCGGCCGUCCCCUCAACAGCAGCACCACAACCACCACCACCACCACCACGGUAACGUCACCGAUGCGGGCGCGGGGCCCGAUGGUUGCGAUUUCGGCUUCCGGUUCGCCAUCCUCGCCUCCGGCUUUCCUUCGCCGUUGCCGCUGCACCGUGAGCUGAUGGCGGCGGCGGGUCCACUGGAGCUGCCGUCGCUGCAUGUGUACGGCAGCGCCGGUGCCAGCGGCGCCUGCGGCGGCGCUGACCGUCAGAUCUCCCCCCGGGAGAGCGAGUCUCUGUCGGCGAUGUUCAGCUGCGCGGGCGGUCGGCGGCGCUGUCUGUGCCACCAGUCCGGCCACCUCAUCCCCGCCACCAAGGGCCACGCCGCUACCUUCCGGACGUUCCUGGCGGCGCAGCUCCUUUCUGUUUCCCCCGCCCCUGCACCCGCCCCUGCACCGGCCCUGCCGCCGUAG